GACAGUGUGGUAUUUUAAACCGUGAAGCAUCUUGGUUCAACCUGAAACCUCGCAAACUCCUGUACAAUAAAGUUUUUUUUUCAUACACGCCAUACCGUGUCAAGGUUGGUAAUGGCAACCCAAAUAACAGAGAAAGAGAGAAGAUGGGCUGUGAUUGGUCUAUGUUUAACCAAAGUUCUCACCCCUGCAUUGAGAAAGGCUCUUGCAAAGGAGAUUCCCGACUGGUACAACGAUUUAUGUCAGCACCCUACCAAAAUUGACAGACAAGUUUAUCCGGGACACCAGAAAAGUUUAGCUCCAUCCACUUUGAGGCUCAACUACAAAAAUAUCAACAACAAUGAUGCCUCUGGACUCAACCCCCCUGCAUAUGAUUACGAAGUUAAAGAUUCUUUGUCCUUGGCGAAGUUGUUUGUUCAGCCCUAUAUGUGCAAGUUCACCGGCUUUAACGAAACAAUGGAUACGUCUGCGGCCUUGUCAUUGAUUUCUGAAGCUGCUCCAUUUAUCAACAUGGGUGCUGCUGCUCAUGUGAAGGACGUUAGGGACAUCAGAAACGAAUGGGCGCAUCAGGACUAUCCUGAUGAAAAAAGGUUUGAUGAAUGUUUUGAAAUCAUGGAGUCUUUACUAAAGAGUAUUAAUCUUUUAUCUAAAGAUGAGGAAGAAUUUUGCAAUGAGCUACGUAGCUGGAAAGACUAUGGACCUCUGAACAUGGAAAUCUUUUAUUUGCUAAAAAAAGAAGCCAAGUUAAGCAAACGUCUAAAUGACAAGGAAGCAAGACUCAACCGCUUGAUUUCUGUCCAAGGAAAGGACACAUUACGAAUAUAUUUUGAUUCUAUUCAUCCUCCCGUCACCUUAACUACAUGGUUGAAAGGCCACCGUGAGACACUGGAAACACUGCAUGAAAGAGGAGAGAUCACGUCUGCACAAAUGAAAGUAUUGUUUCCUCCAGUUAGGCCAACAACAUCCAGUAAUUAUGAUGUCUCAUUGCUUUUCAUUUUAUUACGUAAUAUUUGUGGCCUCAACCCCCCUGCUUCUACUGGAUCGUGGGACGAGAAUCCUCCGGAAGACGACACUAGUCCAGAGGCUGACCUGGCGAGAAUUGAGUUUCAUGGAAACGAAGUUUUAAACAGCGACACUGAAGUAAGUAAAGAUGAUUUUAAAUUUUUUUGGGAUGAAAUCUCGGAAGCAUUGAUACGAAUACAUCGUCAUCUCAAAGAACCUCUCCCUACUCGAGAAAUUGAAGAGUUGAGAACAAGCCCUGUUGGUGAAGAUUCUUACAUAAUUUACAAGAAAAUUGAAGAGAAAUUUGAGAGGUUUGAAGAGAAAAUUGAAGAGAAAAUUGGAGAGAAAGUUGAGGAGAAAAUUGAAGAGAAAAUUGAAGAGAAAAUUGAAGAAAAAAUUGAAGAGAAAAUUGAGGGGGGGAGUGGAAAAAUCCUUUGUUUUCUCGCCUCAGUUCCUGUCAUAUUGCUAUCUGUGUAUACAUUAUCUACUCUUCUGGAAAAUAAACCAGUCUCUUUGCAAAACAUUUCCAAUACGGAUUUUGUUGGUCGAGAAUGGAUAUUUCGAGAAUUAGAGAACCGGACAAGCUCAAAAGAAAGUCGCGGUGUUUUGCUUGUAGCAGACCCAGGUUGGGGUAAAUCAGCCAUCAUGAAACAGUUGAUCAACUCACCAUCCUCCAGUGACGUCAUUCAUGAAAAUAUUAUUGCUUACCACUUGUGUAAUUUCAACGACAAACGUACACGUGACGGAGGACGAUUUGUGAAAAACGUAGGUCGUUUUAUCGCUGAAAAGGUUUCUAAAUUUCGAGAAGUUUUCGUAAAAGACGACGAUUGCGAAAAUCUGCCAAUUGAAUGUUUUCAAGAAGCAAUCAUAAAGCCUCUUAAAGAACUGGAUGACACAGAAAGAAGAGACUCUUUUAUUCUUAUCGACGCAUUGGAUGAGUGUUCGGAAAAGGAGAAUAGCCAUAGAUCGAUAAUUAAGAAGAUUUUGUACGAAACUAUCUCCGACUUCCCAAGUUGGGUGAAACUAAUAAUAACCUCGAGAAAUCAAACAAAGAGUAUUAGCAAAAUAUCGAAAAUUAAAGGUUUCUCCACCCUAAACAUAUUUGUAGAAGAUAAUAGGAAUGAACAGGAUUUGCGUACGUACGCGGAACAAAAGCUUCAAAAUUUUAGCGCUAAAACUGGACCACCGUGGACAGAUGAAACGUUGAUCUAUCAUGCUUUGAAAAAUUCCAAAGGUAACUUUCUAUUUCUCUGUGAAAUUAUAAAGUACUGGCACGACCAUCCACACAAAAUAAAUCCAGAGUCUACACCCGAGAGUUUAGAAGAUAUUUAUAAAGCUUUUUUUGCCGAACGGUUCAAAGAAGACGAUCUUAAACGAUUCCGACCACUGUUAGAAGUUCUACUUGCUUCUAACGAACCUCUGACAUUGGCUGAGAUUAAAGAUAUUUUACAUCUUUACGACGCUGAGGAAGUGGCCAGUGACCUUUCUCAAUUUUUCAAGGCUGAUAUUCAUAAAGCCCCUCUUGAGUUUCACCAUCAAUUCUUUGCUGAAUGGUUGACUAACCAAACGGACGGCAAUGAAGGUAUUUUUAUUCAGAAAUCAAAUGGCCAUCAAUACAUAGUCGACUUUUUAUUUUAUUCCUACAUGGAAAGACGGACUAACCUUACCUUAGAGAAACUAUCAGAAUUAUGCACACACAUUUUGAAUGCCGGCGAAAGGAGAUCUUUUGAGAAUUUGAAAAAACUUAGUUAUUUAAACGUUUCGAAGCUAAGAGGUCAACAUGGAAGGAAUAUAUUACAUGUUCUUGCCAGACAGAAAUUACAUGUUUCCGCCACAAAACUUAUUAAUACUCUGGUAGAGAAAUGUAAUAUUUCUGUUGACAUGUUGAAUGACAAUGGCGUCACUCCUGCAAUGUAUGCUGUAGAAACAGGUUCGUAUGAAAAUUUAAAGAUACUGAUCGAUAACGGCGCAAAUGUUAACUUCAUGACUCCUUACAAAUCGAAAUGCUGGAUUAAUGAAUACGGCUAUAGUAUACCACCAUAUAAAAUGAGUAUGAAUUCUAUCGCAGCCCAAGAUGGAGACAUAAAAAUAGCAGAGCUUCUAAUUGAAAGUGGCUCAGAUAUAAAUAAAACAGAAUAUUGUGGAUUGAAACCUCUGCAUUAUGCUGUAAUAGAGCGCAAUUUUGAAAUAGUUGAACUCUACCUAAAUCAUAGUGUUCAACCUGAUGCUGUUUCACUUCAUCACGCCGCUGCAAAAAAUCACACAGAAAUUGUGCGACUUCUUCUCAACACUGGAAUACGAGACACGUGCUUACCCUGGAACACAGAAGAUUGUUUUGCGAACAUAACUCAGUUGCAUCUUUGCUUAUCAGAGACAGCUCUUUAUGCGGCUGUGGCUGACAAUAACAUUGAUAUGGUGAAAUUAAUCCUCGAGUACGGUAAUGCAUCGGUCAACUGUAAGCAUUUCACUGGAAGAACACCUUUGAUGGAAGCUAUUGCAGAGAAAAAUGUUGAAAUAGUUCAUCGUCUUAUUAGCGCGGGAGCUAAUAUUAGCGCAGAGUGCGAAAGUUUUGAAAAUUGGCGUGAUCUUUAUGAUAACGAUAUAUACUAUAAUAAUCUAUAUUUUUUUCCAUGGCGACCUUGCAGUGGGUACCGCGUGAUUGAUUUUCUUUUCGCAUAUGGACUAUGGGAAAUGGUGAUUCCGAUAAUCUCCGAAGAACAACAUCGUGCGAUAUUUUCCACGGACAAUCCAAGAUGGAAUCCAGCAACAGUUGCUGCCAUUAAUGAUGAUGUCGAUUUUAUUAAUGCUACGUACGGCAACAAAAUAUCUACCAUUCCUCACAUCCAAACAGUGUUGCGUUACGUAGCUGUUUGUCAUUCAGUACAAACUUUUAGAUACCUCUGGAACAAUGAAUAUCUAAGAACGAAAUUAAGAAGUGUCUUUAGAGAUGGAAAAACUCUGCUCCAUUUUGCAACCUCAAAGGUCUAUGAACAAAACAAAAGAAAGGUAUCUGGACCUCUCGGUAUCCACUGUCCAAUCACGGAAGAAAUGCCUGUUCAUAUUGUUGAUGAAAAACGUUUGGAAAUAGUAGAUCUGCUGACCAAAGUACUCGCUUCGAAGAUAAAUAAAAAGGACAACCAUGGAAGAACCGCUCUUCAUUACGCUGCUGUACAUGGUUUACCAAAGAUCGUGGAAAUUUUCCUGAAAGAAAGAGCUGAUUGUAACAUAGAGGAUGAGAGAGGCAACACUGCCUUGGAAUUCGCACUGCGAGAAAAACCUGAAGAUCAUUAUGAACCUCUUUCAUGUUCGAUGACAAGCGAUCAAAUGUUUGAAAUAUGCGAUACUACCGCAUUCGAUGAAACAAUAAGUUAUUUAAUACAAAGAGCUUCGAUUAAGAUUUGCAACAGUAAAACUAAGAAGUUACUGGAUGGUUUAAUAAAACACAGACUACCUCUCAGCCUGUACGAAUUGUUUAAAUCAGGACUUGAUGUUGAGUGCGCUCAUGAACACUUUGUAAGAGCCUUGGAGUCGUACAAAAGUUGGAAAGUUUACGAAAUUCUGAAAGUGUUCAAGAUUUUUGAAAUUAAUUUUGAUGUGAAAUGUGGCAUUUCUUUUAGACAAUCCGAAUUACAUCUCGUGGCCUCUGUUUUUGGUCGUUCGGGGGAAAAUGCGAGAUCUCUUUUCCAAAGAUUCAUUGCUAAAAAUCCGAAAGGUGUCGAUAUUUUAAAUAAAUGUUACGACAAGGAAGGAUAUUUACCAAUGCAUCGAGCAAUUCAGAGUAGAAACUAUGAUGUAUUUUCCUGGUUCAUGGAUAAUGGUGUUGAUAUUUCUAAGAAGACACAAUCUGGUUUUACUCCUCUUGUUUUGGCGACGUACAGCUAUCUAGUAUCCCAUAGUCAUGGCACUGCAUAUCGUAUUUUAGAAAAAUUGUUAGAAAUAAUCAAUCAAACUAGCUUUCAAUGCAACAGCGACCUCAUUGACCUAUCACCACUCCACAUUGCGGGAAGUUGGGGAAAAUAUGGAUUGAAAAUCAUUCACAACAAAAUGCCACAGAUACCAUUAGAUUGUACAAAUAAAGACGGGAUUCAUCCAGUGUACUUGGCCUAUCUCCAUCACGCAGGAAAUUUUCAUCUGCCGCCUGAAGACGAUGAAUAUUUGCAGAAUUUAGCAUUCACAGCCCGUUUGAAAUAUCCCAAACGUGAGGUUGAAUAUCAUUUGAUUUACAACAAUAUAUUUUACAACUUGCGGCUGAACGACGUGAGAAACGAGCUCAACUACGAAGGUUUAUUCAGAUGUCCAGGUAUCAACGAACUGCUUCCUCAUAAAACAGUCGUAAAAAACCAUAUUGAAGUGAAUGGCUGCGCCACACGUUGUCUAAAAUUAUCAUUUGAAGCUUAUCGUGAUUUCUCAAUAAGUUUUCCUGAUCUACCCAUUCAAAUAUACAUUCCAAAUACCUUUAUUGGCGGUUUUAUUGACAUUGCAGCUCACAUGGCAGAGAUACGGUCUCAUUUAGUAAAAACAUUUUACUUCAAUCUGCGAAAUUCCAUUUCGAUUUCCGUUUUGAAGAAUCUCUGGAUAACAGCAAUCAAGGCUCGCUCUUGUGCCCAUAAUUGUUCCUGUUUUGAAGCAAUGUUACUUUUACAAGAGACGUUCCCAAGUUACGAGCCUUUCAAGCAAAGAAAAGUUCAUGAAUUUGUUGCUAAAAGAAUGGGUUGGACUGAUACUUCACUCGAAGGUGAUGUUUUGUAUCGUUGGCCUUUCGUUUUUUUACUGAAGAAAGCUUUAAAAAUGGACAAAGAAUACAAGUACUUGGAAAUUCUGGAAUCUAGACGGUUUGAAUGUUUCUGAUACAGCAUAUACUUGAUCAGUGGCGUGACGGACUAAGGUGGGCCCCUAAAGAAAUAUUUGGUAUUGUGGGGGUUCUGUCCGUCAGGAACAGUAUUAUGUUUUAACAAAGUAGUUAUUUUUAGCAGUUUUCUUGUGUCAUGCAAAUUAGUGCACUAGUGCUGGAUCCACUACUGGUUCUAAUUGACUAGUCUCCGGACCGUCCAACGGCCGGGGUCAUCUAUUUCUUGCCCUAACCCUAAUUUACCUAAUAAAAAUUCACAUGCAUUACGCCACUGUGCUGUUUGUUGUAGUGUCAGUCAGAGACAAAUAGACACGUACUACCUGUUCGACGAGCGCUUGUAAAAGACAUGUAGAAACAAACCAACAAUUUUUAGCAACUAGUUUCUAAUAUCGGAGACUGUUUCUCAUUAGUUUAAUGCUGUUGAACAAAACUUCUACCGUAGUAUUAUGAAUUAUGAUAUAUAUGA